GUGAGCGUGUUCGACCAGGCGCUCAUUAACGAAGGCCGAGUCCAGUACGUAGGGAUCGGGACGAACGUGACGUCAGACCAUUUCGUCUUCGAUGUGACCAAUGGGAUCUCGAGCUUGUCCAGACUCGUCUAUAAUAUACAGGUCAUCCCCAAGACCAUCUACCUGUCCGCCGGCGCCCUGCACGUCGACGAAGGCUCCCAGACCAUCGUGACCCUGGACGUGGUGCAGGUCCUGACGGAGUAUUACACCGACAAGAUCAAGCAGUACCUGGUGCGGCGUGCAGCCGGCGGCGGGGCAGCUGGAGCUGGCCUCGAGACCCGGACUCAGGGUCGAGGCCUUCACGCCGCUGCAGCUGGAACAGGGGCUCAUCUCGUAUCCCUUAAGCCUUCCUUCUCGCCCCUUUCGCAGUACGUCCACGACGGCAGCGAGCGCCUCACGGACUCCUUCAGUUUGGUGGCCGUGUCAGGUGUGCGUCAGAGUGCGCCCGCCCAGGUGAACGUCACGAUCAGGGGACUCAAUGACGAGGCGCCUUUCUUUAUGAAAUAUUUGGCCAUAUUGUGUACUCGUCACCUUGUUGUACAUCUUGUGUACACUGUAUGUAUUAUAUCUAAUGAAGACACAGAUAUAAUUCAUCGCCACAUCAAGUACGCAAAAAAGUUGACUCAUCCAUCCUCCGCAAGCUACUACUCAACCUCGCAGAUUGAAAAUCCUCUUCUUAUCACCCUCUACCCGGACCGCUGCGACCACCGGGUUUCCUCGCCCGACGUCCCAACCCUGAAGUCACAUCCUCGCUCUAACCUCCACCACCUCUGCUCUCUUUGUCCACCGCUCUCAGCUCGGACAAGGGGAUCGCCACGCUCCGGGUGUCAUUCUAUUGCUCUCGACCAUAAGCACAUGACCGUCGAAUUGCAAUCACACGCCCCCCUGCACACCUUGCACGACCCCGACCGUUUAAGACGCCCCCCCGAAGCCGAAUCAAGCACGCGGGAGGAGCUUGCAAUUGCUUUGAAGUUUGACCCUGCAAUGAGGCGCGAGGGACUGGCUCGCUCUCAACAGGUAGCCGGUGGCCUCUCGGGGAUGUUCCGGUGGGAGGCGAGCGACCAGGUCCACGGCACCGGCUCCAACGUGUUCACCGUGGCCGCCCGGGCGCUGCACAUCAGCCUCGUGCGGAACGAGCAGCUGCACGUGUUCCCGAUGAUGCAGCAGCCGCUCUCGGCCGCCGUCCUGCUCGCCGUCACGAACGACUUCAACAUCCAGAGGUCGCUGGUGUACGUGAUCCGCCAGGCGCCGUCCCUGGGACAGCUGCUCCUGGAGGAGGCGGGGGGCGUGCUGGUCCCCGUCGACAACUUCACCCAGCGGCACCUGAACGACUCCCGCAUCGUCUUCGAGCACACGAGCCCCUUCUCCGAUCUCUCAGCGAGCGACAUGUUUGUCUUCGACGUGGAGACUCCGUUUGCAGAGCCGCUGAAGAACCAAGAGUUCCACAUCGAAAUAUCUGUGGCCAGUCCGCGCGGAGGAGGCCUUGAGCGCUACCUGGGGCUGGCGCCUCUCGUGGUGGCGGAAGGAGGUCAGGCGACGGUGAGGCAAGACAACCUGAACCUCUCUGCCGUCUUGGAAUUCAUCGAGACGUACCCGGGGGCUGGCGUAGCGGUGCGAUUCCCGCCACAGCUCAUCGCCACCGUCACCUCCACGCCUGUGAAUGGCAUCUUCACGCUGAGAGACAGGAACAUGACUGAGGGCUACACCUUUACCGUUCGCGACAUCGAAAGAGGCCGUGUGCGGUAUGAGCACGAUCACAGUGACACCCUCACAGAUAGCCUAGGCUUCACUGUUCACCUUGCUGGAAAUGGCUCAUCUCCAGAUGUACUACUCUUUAAUGGAUCACUAAACGUUAGUGUAACACCAGUGAAUGACCAACCCUUCACUUUAGUCACCAGUGCCCCAGUUCUGUAUGUUGUGCACCGUCAGAAUGCAAUUAUCACCAACCACAGUUUGCUAACCACAGACCCUGACAAUGUUCCAAAGGAUAUUGUGUACGAACUGAUGAGCGCUCCUGACCAUGGGCGUCUCAUCCACGUUGACAACUUCAGUGUAGCUGUUCAGUCUUUCUCACAAGAAGACGUGGAUGCUGGCAGGAUCCUGUAUGCUCAUGAUGGAACUAAUGGAUCAGCCCGCUUCUAUUUUAAAGUGUCAGAUGGGAAACACAACCCUAAAUACUCUGUUUUUACCAUUGAAGUUCUGCCUCUCACUUUAGAGCUUGUAAACCAUACUGUUAUCCCCCUGAAACAAACUUCUACUGUUGCUUAUAUUAUGCCUCGUCAUCUUGCAGCUAACACAAAUGGCAACAGCAACCAUAUCUUCUAUAAUGUUACUAGAUCACCCAGAUUUGGUCGGUUGUAUAUGAAUGACCAAGUGAUCCACACAUUUGGACAAAGCAAUAUUGAUAAAGGAGAAGUUCUGUAUAUGCAAACAGAUUUGACAGAACCAUCAGAUAAUUUUAGAAUAGAUCUAUGGACAUGGGAAGCAUCUAUUCGUGAUGUAGAAGUAAGGGUUGUAGUGACACCUCUUGUAGAAACCAAACCAUUGAUUGCAACGGUAGGUGGAAGAACCCGACUUACCUUAGACCACUUGGAUGCUUCCCAACUAGCCACCAUUACAGGCAGCAAUCCUGUAUACAAAGUGAAGAAAAGACCUCGUUUCGGGAAGCUGAAGAAGAUCAGUCGGCGGACGAGGAGAUCUGGCAGGUCCUACGAAGUUCAAGAGUUUACACACGAAGACAUAAGGGCAGGCCUUAUAUUUUAUAUUGCAAGGAAUCUCAAUCUGAGGGCUGAUGAGCCUCUGCAUGAUCAUGUCCACUACAUCCUUAAGGUACCAGCACCAGGUUUUCAACCAGCAGAAGGAACACUCCGCCUUAGUUUGGUGGAGAGUAUGGAGGCUGGAGCAGCAUUAGAAGAAGGUGCAGGACCGCCAAGACAUCUGCGCCCAGAAAUCCUCUCACCUACGGGAGACAUUGAAGAUCCCUCAUCAAACUCGGAAUCCUCUAGUUUAUUCCCUGGCAUUCCCAUGGAUUAUAUAAUUGUCAUUGUGGCCUCUGUUGGAGCUGUGAUGGCUGUUAUAGCUCUGAUGGUGCUGGUACGCUGUGCUACUCGUCGACGACAUAGUGACAAGCGCAGUGAUGUUGGAAUGGAUGGUGAUGUAGCCUCCCUACCCCCACCACUGCCAACCGAUUCACGACCCAACUCCUUCAUGACAGACGAUAUGUCAGAACUGGAGUGCCGGCCCCCAGAACUACCAUCGUCCCCAAGGCCUGGCCGCCACCACCACUUACACAAUGGUGGCAGUGGUGGGAUGGGUCUGGCAGCACACCUCACAGAUUCUGAUGCCUCCUGGCCCCGUGACCCAUCUCGGGAGGUCUCACCGGCAGUGCCUCAGUGCAAGGUCACACCCCUCUGUGCGGACACGACGCCCAGGGAAAGUCCGUAUGACCCGCACUUGGCCGGUUAUCCCUAUGGUGUCAACACGGAGCAGGCCGAGGAGUGGGGCCUGUACGAGAAGCACCAGCCUAGAACUACCAACCCGAUGCUCAGGAAGAACCAGUAUUGGGUGUAGUGAACUCUCGUUUAAGUUGUGCAGUGUCGCAUCAACUGCGUGUUAUGGUGCUAUUAUCUACUUCAUAAGAAAUCAAAUGUUGUGGAGGAAGAAAAACAUAGAAAUAUGUGUAUGCAUGAAUGAAGUGGAUCGUGUUUUGUGUUUACUUUCUGACUUGAAAAUAAUAUCUAGUAGAAUAAACUACAGACUGCAAUGAUUUUCCGAAGUUGUGUUUCAUAAAUGAAUUACAUGAUUUUCAUAUAAUGUUGUUUUUUUUUCGUUUUUUUUUUGCAUGAUGUCUGAGAAAGGUGAAAAUUAUUCAAGACAUUUGUGGCAUUUGAUGACUGUGGCCUUGCACCACUCAUUGUGAUAGUGCUACUGGUAAUGAAUUCUUCAAUGUGAAAGUAUUAUUGUGGUUAUUUGUGUUGGUUAUUUAUAUCUCGUGAUGGGAUUUUUACCUAAGCCCGGUCCGCAUGUUCAAUAUGAUGGCUUCUUGAACUACUGGUUUGUUAGUGGACUUUGUGCGUUCUUCUGAGUGUUUUGUUUACGGUAAAGUGUUCAUGAUUCACAAACUGUUUAGUCGAAGAAAUACGCACAAUCGCCAGUGUGAAAUCACCUCCAGUUAUUUAUGUUCAUAAGUUCAUGGGCAUUGAAAAAAAAAGAAAAAAAGAAAAACAAACUCACAGUUGUACUUAUAUAAAAUGAUGGUUUGAAUGUUCAGCAAGUACUUAGAAAUACCAAAAAAAGUCACGCACAUAUUUCACACUAAUAAUGGAUAUGUAUAAAUAUUGUUCAUAUGUGGUAUAGAUUCAACAGACCUUCUGUAUGUUGAAGGUUCAUUGAAUAUCAGAAAAGGCGUAAUAUUUGCCUCUCGAAUCUGAUUUAUUUAAGACUAAUCGAAUUCCUUAGAAAAUGGAGCGAAAGCUGAUGAUUUUGACGUGGGUUUAUUUUGGUUUUCAAAGACACAUGUAUAGGAGAACUUUAAUUUAAAUGGGUUUGAAAUCAUUUUUCCUUUAGCUGCUUAUAUGGUCAUAUUUACUGUAUAUUCCUAUGUAUUAAACAAACACACACACACACACACACACACACACACACACACACACACACACACACACACACACACACACACACACACACACACACACACACACACACACACACCA